AUGAGGAUUGUUGGCCAACGGAGACUUCUCACUGUGGCAACCUGCCUGUUGCUCCUAGCAACCGUCUGCCCCACCUCAGAGGCUCGCCGUGGUGGGGGCUUCGGUCGUAGUGGGGGCUUCGGUGGGGGGUGGGGCGGUAGUAGCCGUGGGGGUUACCCUCGUCAAGGUGGAGGCACGGGAUACCGACCAAUGCCAUCCUCGAGUGGACAGGCAUACCGACCAAUGCCUGCCCAGAGUGGACAGGCAUACCGACCAAUGCCUGCCCAGAGUGGCGGCUCCAGUGCGGGGAAGAUGGCAGGGGCUGCUGCUGCUGGUGCCGUGGGGGGAGCAAUGCUGGGCAGUGCGUUGAGUCGUCCUGGCUACGGAGGAGGAUAUGGGGGUUAUGGAGGAGGUUAUGGAGGUGGUUAUGGAGGUGGCUAUGGAGGAGGCUAUGGAGGAGGCUAUGGGGGGUACCCCAGAGCUGGAGGGUAUGGCCCCAGGCCUGGUGGCUAUGAAGGUCCAGAGGGCUCUGGGGAUAUGGGGUACUACUAUGGAGCAUCCAGUGGGCCCAUCUAUAACAGCAUCAUCGUCAUCAUCGGGUCACUAAUGUCAUUGGUGAUGGGGCACUGGGUGGGAGUGAUGUAG